AUGGACAGUGACGACGAUCUUUUAGAAUUAGCAGGUAUAGGAUCUGAAGAGGAAAGCGAUUACGAACCAGAUAAUUCCAAGCCAUCCCGUGGCUCUAAGCGAACUAUAGAUGAAUCUGAUGAUGAUGAGAACGAUGAAGGAGAAGAGGAUGAUGAUGAUAUUGGUGAAUUAGAUCCUGAAGAAGAUCCGUAUCCAUUAGAAGGAAAGUAUAAGGAUGAGGAGGAUAAGAAUAAGCUAAUGCAAAUGGACGAAAUGGAUAGGGAAGCCAUUUUGUAUGAACGUAUUCAAGAAAAAGAAAAGUUUAGAGAAAGGCGAUUUCUAGCUUUAAGAGCAAGGCAAAAUAAGGUCGAAUCAAAAACUCUAACGACUGGCUCUUCAGCGAAGAAGAUGAAGACAAGCAAACUCUCAGAGUUGAAAAAACAAAGGGAAAAGAAGUCUGCGAGAGAAGCAAGAAGAAAAAGAGGUGACUAUGAGGAAGAAGAUGAAGAUGACGAUCUUAUAGAUGAUGCUGAUGAAGACGACGAUCUUAGAGAGCUUGCUGGCUAUAACGAUGAGGAAGAAGAAGAUUAUGGAUUUUAUUCUGAUGAUUACGGCUCACGAGAAUCUCGGUCUAGAAGCAGAUAUGAUUCAUCUCAACACAAGGAAGCCACACUGAAAGAAAUAAAUGAAAAAAUAAGGUCGUCCAGAAAAGUUCUCGAAGAGUUCCUGUAUCGUGACGAAUUUGAUAGUUGUAUUCCUGGGACUUUUGUUAGAGUUAACAUUGGGUUGAAUAGAAAUACACAAAGAUCGGAAUAUAGGAUGGCAUUGGUCGUAGAAGUGAAACGGGGUGGAAAGCCUUAUAAGUUAUCAGGUAAACCCUGCAACACAUACCUAAAGGUAUCUCAAGGUAACUCACAGCAUGUCGUUGAUAUCAGUUGUCUAUCCAAUUCUGAAUUUGUUCCAGAAGAUUAUGAUUUGUACAAAAAACUCGUGGUAUCUUCCAGCCAACAAUUGCCUACCGUUGGGUAUGUUGAAAUGAAAUUUAAUGACUUAAGAAACAUGGCCACAAGAAUUUUAACUGAUGCCGACAUCAACAAGAUGAUUGCGAAGAAAGAGGAAUUAGUCGUCACCCAAAAUGCAGCAAAUACCGUCAAAAAAUUGGGAAGGUUAAGGGAAGAGUUACAAGUGGCCUUGGAGCGUGGUGAUCCAAACCUUGCAAAAUCUCUUCAAAAAAAGAUUGAGGAUCUAGGAGCCAUGUUCAACGGGUCAAAAAACACCUCCAAAUUGGCUGAGUUGAAUAUUAGAAACCAAAAGUCUAAUCAAGAGUAUAUUAGAAAAGCAGAAAAGAAAUUGGUGGAGACAAAACGUAAACAACUCCAAAACAACGAUUUUAAUGAUCCUUUCAGUAGAUUAAGAACCAAUCCAAAGGUAUUCUACAAAUCUUCGAACAAGCAAGACGGAAAUGAGGUGAAAGAUGAGAAACAGGUGAUCGAUGAGAAGGAGGAGAAGAAUAAAAUAAAGAACAGUAUUUUUAGAAGAGAAGGUAUUGACGCUCUCAUUAAAACAAUAGACAUUGACAUUGAUUUCAAGUUAUAA